AUUUUUAGGAUUUAUACGUGUUAUGCGUGACGUGUAUCGCUCGCAGAGGGCGUUUGCAUGAAACAGUUUGCACGCUAAAACAAACUAUCUUCUGGAGAAAUGAUGUACUUCAAAUUACAUCUCUUACUUUUCCUUCUCACUUUUAUCGAUUUUUCAUUUACUGCUGAAAGAAAAGGGUCAUUUUACUACAAUUUCGACCCGCCAAAUUUCUCACCAUUACAAAGAAGAUAUAAAAGAGGAAUUGAUGAUGACAGCGAUGAUAUCGAGGACGCAUUUCGUUUACCAAAAGACGUUGAGGUGCUAGAAGAUUCGAUUGAUCAUCAGUAUUACAUAAUGGAAAUCAAAGUCAAUAGAUCCGAUCUAAUGAAGGAUUAUUACAUCGAUGUACCAGCAAUGUUAGAAAAGCCAGGAACUGUUGGUAAUAGAAGUCAUUCAUCACUUUCAAAUAGCUAUAGAAGAGCCGUGGCGGCUAAGAUACAGUUUGAUUUUCCUUUUUAUGGUCACCGAAUGAAAAAUUUAACUAUCGCUACUGGUGGCUUUGCUUACAUUGGUGAUCAGUGGCACAGCUGGUUAGCAGCCACGCAAUAUAUUGCACCGCUUAUGGCCAAUUUUGAUACGCACGGCGAAAAUGCUACAAUUAUGUAUGCGGAUGAUGGUGAAAAGUUUGUUAUGGAAUGGCGUAAUUUACAACUUCGUGAACAACGUUCAGACGGUUUCUUCACUUUCCAAGCAUCUUUACACAAGAACGGAGAUAUCUGGUUCGUCUACAAAGAUGUACCGAUACCUGUAACAAACAUCAGUGAUUCCCAUCACCCAGUGAAAAUAGGGAUGAGUGAUGCUUAUCUUUUUCAUCACAGCGUGCAUAAUCCCCUUGCACCUAUUUCGCAACCUCCAUCAAUAAAACGGGUUAUUUACGAAUACCAUCGCAUUGAAGUGAAACCAUUAUUUAUUGUAUCAAAUACAAUCGUUCUAUUGAAGGCUCAACCAACAUGCAUACAGUAUCAGAGCUGUGAAGAAUGUUCCAAUGCGACUUUAAAACAUUUUAACUGCUCUUGGUGUCAUUCGAAGGCAAAACACGGUGGACCUUUUUGCUCUGACCAAGCUGGACUGCAUAGACGCCGACAGCACUGGAUUGAAGGCAACUGCAAGGAUAACGGUAAAGUGACUUACUGUAGUGCAGAUGAAGAUUUCAAUGAAAUCGAUGAGGAAGACGAUAUUCGUGAUGCAUCUGGGAAAGUACGAGUAACAGCAUCACCGUCAGAACCGGAUGAAGUGGUUGCGUGGGAUCGUGAGAAAAAAAUUAAAGUUCCACAAGUAGCUAAAGACAGCCAAGAUGUGUUGGGCCGAUCUAAUAGCGGAUUCGUGUCAAUAUUUGUUGUCGUCGUUGGUGUUAUAAUGCUGGCAAGUUGGGCCUCAUACGCAUACUUCAAUCCUCAUACGCCUUCGGGCCAACUAUUGAUAAGGUAUCGUCCUUCGAGGUGGCAUAUGCCAUCGAGUCACGUUCGGUAUAGUGCUUCAGUACACAUGUAAGCAGUGGAAAUAACUCAAGGAAUUUUUAUUUUCAAACAAUAGGUAUGCGCGUCAAUAUUGAAUCUCAGUGUUUGCUUAUCAUUGACUGUUAUGCAUGUUCGAAAUGGAUUUUUCAUCCUUUUGUGCUUUGGUUUUUUUAUCCCAUUUAUUUCUCAGAUGGUACCACAGACCUUUGUUUAGGCUUUGUGAUAAAAUACGAAACGAAAAACUUAAAAAUAUUAUAUAUUAUGAAAUUUGGAUUAAACAUCCAGGAUAUUCGAAUUUGGUCAACCUUAAAAGCGUUAUUCGUUGUUUUCAAAGUUUUUUCCAAAUAAUUUUAUUCUGGUUUUGUCAUACAGUUAGCAAUAAUAUAUUGUUCUUUCAGGCCCUGUCUUUGAUAUUUGUUUUAUUAUCUGAUCAUGGUUAUUCUUCGAAAUUUCCUCUAAGUUAUCCUUCCAUAAACAAUUGUUCAGUUCUGCACUACCCUAUUUAUUACUUGAUUCUUUCAUAAAGUUGCAAUGACCACAUUUACACUCAAAGAAGUUGAAUUGAUUUGAAAUGAUCGGCCAUUCUUUAAAAUUUAUUUUGAGGUUUAGCUCUUGAGUUAUAGAACUGCAAUUUUUCGUCAGCAUUUUUUCAUUUAUUACAGUAUUCGUCCUGAGGUGUUUUUAGUAGGUUACUAAUUGUAAGUUGCUUGAUUUAUAUAAUUUAUGAUUUAAACUUAAACUCACUGUUCGAAAUUUUCCACUCUGUGUCUAAAGAUUUCGAAAAAUUAUUAAUCUUUUCGUACCGUAAUGUUUGUUUUUAAAAUUGAAAUACCAGGAUUUUUUUUGAAUAUUGUUGCAGUGGCAGAGCUAUACGUCGGAUACUAGGCCCCCAAGAGAGACUUAUGUUAAGCGCUAAUCCCUUUAUCUAUUGUUAGUUUACCAAUGAUUUGUAAUUGAAAUACGAAAUUUUAAAACUGGUAGAAUAUAUUGUACAGUGCUUCUGCUUUGUUUUAUCAUUUGGUAGCAUUUUUUCGGAUAAUGUGUGUAUUAAGUCGCAGCAUUUCGUGUUAUCACAUCUCAUUCUUGUUUUUCAUAUCUUGCAAGGCAAAAAAAAUACAA